AGUCACGUGGGCGUACGGCCCCGCCCAGGCGCCGGGUCCGCGGCGAGGUGGGGCCUGGCGUUUGCCCCGGAAGUGGCUGUCUUCGGCUGACAGCUGCUGGUAAGGUGGCGGUGGCGGCGGCAGAGGCGGUGGCAGGCCCGGAGCAAGAUGGCGCUGCGGCCGGGAACGGGUUCUGGCGGCGGCGGGGCCGCGGGAGCCGGCGCGGGGGCCGCGGGAGGAGGCAGCUUCAUGUUUCCUGUUGCAGGUGGAAUAAGACCCCCUCAAGCGGGCCUGAUGCCGAUGCAACAACAAGGAUUUCCUAUGGUCUCUGUCAUGCAGCCUAAUAUGCAAGGCAUGAUGGGGAUAAAUUACAGCUCUCAAAUUUCCCAAGGAACUAUUGCUAUGCAGGCAGGGAUACCAAUGGGACCAAUGCCAGCAGCUGGAAUGCCUUACCUGGGACAAGCACCCUUCCUGGGCAUGCGUCCUCCAGGCCCACAGUAUACUCCAGACAUGCAGAAGCAGUUUGCUGAAGAGCAGCAAAAACGAUUUGAACAGCAACAAAAACUCUUAGAAGAAGAAAGAAAAAGACGCCAGUUUGAAGAGCAGAAGCAAAAGCUCAGGCUUCUGAGUAGUGUGAAGCCGAAGACAGGAGAGAAGAGUAGAGAUGAUGCCUUGGAAGCCAUAAAAGGAAAUUUAGAUGGAUUUUCCAGAGAUGCUAAAAUGCACCCUACUCCAGCAUCACACCCUAAAAAAUCAGGUGUGGGAGUAUUUCCCUCACAGGAUCCUGUUCAGCCCAGAAUGCCUCUUUGGAUUUACAAUGAGAGUUUGGUUCCAGAUGCCUAUAAGAAAAUUUUAGAAACCACAAUGACUCCAACUGGAAUAGAUACUGCUAAACUUUAUCCCAUUCUGAUGUCAUCUGGACUUCCCAGGGAAACUCUUGGACAGAUAUGGGCCUUAGCUAAUCGAACUACACCUGGCAAACUUACUAAGGAAGAACUUUAUACAGUUCUCGCCAUGAUUGCAGUAACACAGAGGGGUGUUUCUGCCAUGAGUCCUGAUGCUUUAAACCAGUUCCCGGCAGCUCCUAUUCCAACUUUAAGUGGCUUUCCUAUGACUCUGCCUACCUCAGUGAGUCAGCCAACUGUGAUACCUUCAGGCCCAGCAGGCUCCAUGCCCCUCAGCCUCGGACAGCCAGUCAUGGGCAUUAACCUUGUUGGACCAGUGGGUGGAGCUGCAGCCCAGACUUCUAGUGGCUUCAUGCCAACUUACCCUGCAAAUCAGGUAGUAAAACCAGAAGAAGAUGACUUCCAGGAUUUUCAAGAUGCUUCUAAGUCAGGAUCUCUUGAUGACUCAUUCAGUGAUUUCCAAGAGUUGCCUGCUUCUUCAAAAACAAAUAAUUCCCAGCAUGGAAACAGUGCCCAUUCUUUGUUGAUGCCACUUCCUGGAACUAAGGCAUUGGCUUCAGUGGAUAAAUAUGCUGUGUUUAAAGGAAUUGCAGCUGACAAGUCCUCUGAAAAUACUGUUCAACUUGGAGAGCCUGGUGAUAAAUAUAGUGCUUUCAGAGAACUUGAACAGACAGCAGAGAAUAAACCUUUAGGAGAAAGCUUUGCAGAAUUCAGAUCUGCAGGAACUGAUGAUGGUUUCACUGAUUUUAAAACAGCCGAUGGUAUAUCACCACUAGAGCCACCAACAAAAGACAAAACUUUCCCAACAUCCUUUCCCUCAGGAACAAUACAACAAAAACAACAAACACAAGUGAAAAAUCCUCUGAACUUAGCGGACCUAGAUAUGUUUUCCUCAGUUAAUUGCAACAGUGAGAAACCAUUGUCUUUUUCAGCUGCGUUUAGUGCAAAAUCAGUUUCCACACGCCCACAGCCUACAGGUUCUGCUGCAGCUUCAACAGCAUUGGCACCGACUAAAACUUCUAGUUUGGCUGAUGAUUUUGGAGAAUUCAAUCUUUUUGGGGAAUAUUCUAGUCUAGCGUCUGCUGGGGAGCAGGAUGACUUUGCAGAUUUUAUGGCAUUCAGUAACAGCUCUAUUUCAUCUGAGCAAAAGGCAGAUGACAAGUAUGAUGCCCUUAAAGAGGAAACUAGUUCUGCUUCUUUGACCAGCAACAUAGGCAGCACAGUGAAGAGUGGACAGAACCCAGCUGCUCCAUCUACCAAGUAUGAUGUCUUCAAACAAAUUUCUCUGGAAGGAUCUGGACUAGGUGUUGAAGAUCUGAAAGAUAACACUCCUUCAGGAAAAAGUGAUGAUGAUUUUGCUGAUUUUCACUCCAGUAAAUUUUCUUCCAUGAACUCGGACAAAUCUCUGGGAGAGAAAGCAGUGACUUUCAGACACAUCAAAGAAGACUCUGCUUCGGUGAAGUCCUUGGAUCUCCCUUCCAUUGGUGGCAGCAGUGUUGGCAAGGAGGACUCUGAAGAUGCACUCUCUGUUCAGUUUGACAUGAAAUUGGCUGAUGUGGGAGGAGAUCUUAAGCAUGUCAUGUCUGAUAGCUCUUUGGAUUUACCAACAGUUAGUGGCCAGCAUCCUCCUGCUGCAGAUAUAGAGGACUUAAAAUAUGCUGCUUUUGGAAGCUACAGUAGCAAUUUUGCAGUGAGCACACUUACAAGCUAUGACUGGUCAGACAGGGAUGAUGCAUCUCAGGGCAGAAAACUUUCUCCAUUUGUCCUCUCAGCAGGAAGUGGAUCCCCCUCAGCCCCCUCAAUUCUUCAAAAGAAAGAGACUUCAUUUGGCAGUUCUGAAAACCUCACCGUGACGUCUCUGUCUAAGGUAACGACCUUUGCAAGUGAAGACGCUCUCCCAGAGACUACCUUCCCAGCUUUUGCCAGUUUCAAAGAAAUGAUUCCUCAAACUAGUAAGCAAAAGGAAUACGAAAGCAGGGACUGUAAAGAUUUCACAACACAGGACCUACCUACAGCUGAACGGAGCCAAGAGGCCACAUGUCCAAGCCCAGCCUCCAGCAGUGCCUCUCAUGAAACCCCCAAAGAAUGUUCCGAUGACUUUGGAGAGUUUCAAAGUGAAAAGCCCAAAAUCAGCAAGUUUGACUUUUUAGUAGCCAAUUCACAAAGCAAAAUGAAGUCCAGUGAAGAAAUGAUCAAAAGUGAGCUGGCAACCUUUGACCUUUCUGUUCAAGGAUCACACAAGAGGAGUUUAAGCCUCGGUGAUAAAGAAAUAAGUCGUUCUUCUCCUUCUCCGGCUUUGGAGCAGCCCUUCAGAGAUCGUUCCAACACGCUGAGUGAAAAACCUGCUCUGCCUGUCAUCCGUGACAAAUACAAAGAUCUGACAGGAGAGGUGGAGGAAAAUGAGCGAUAUGCUUAUGAAUGGCAGAGGUGCCUGGGGAGUGCCCUGGAUGUUAUUAAGAAGGCAAAUGAUACCUUAAAUGGAAUCAGUAGUAGUUCUAUUUGUACAGAAGUAAUUCAGUCAGCUCAAGGCAUGGAAUAUUUAUUAGGUGUUGUUGAAGUGUACAGGGUAACCAAGCGUGUGGAGCUGGGGAUAAAAGCCACUGCAGUGUGCAGUGAGAAACUCCAGCAGUUGCUGAAGGACAUCGAUAAAGUUUGGAAUAACCUGAUUGGCUUCAUGUCGCUCGCCACACUCACACCAGAUGAAAAUUCACUGGAUUUCUCCUCCUGUAUGCUACGGCCUGGGAUCAAAAAUGCUCAGGAACUUGCCUGUGGAGUAUGCCUCUUAAACGUGGACUCCAGGAGCCGGGCAUUCAACUCUGAAACAGACAGUUUCAAGCUGGCAUAUGGAGGGCACCAGUAUCAUGCCAGCUGUGCCAACUUCUGGAUCAACUGUGUCGAGCCCAAGCCUCCUGGCCUCGUACUGCCUGAUCUGCUCUGAAAAGCUCCUCUGUGAAGCACCAGCUGGUUGUUUUUUUUUCCUGUCACACCCCAUGGGGUGACAGGGACCACUAAAUGGAAUGCAGGCACUGCAUAGUUCGCCUCCAUGAAUCUUAUGAGGAAUUCCCCAAGAGGUGGGGGGAAAUGCAUGGAGGUUCCCGGUUUCUCCUCCAGACAGCCUUUGGGAUGUGAAGAAAUUGCCCUACCCAGACUGCAUGUAGCACCAGAAGUUUGCUCACUUAUCUCUAGUUUUUUUUAAGAUCUUUUAAAAUAUGGAUCACAGUUUUCUUGAUCUAAGGAAUAAUUUGCUGCUGCAAUAUUGAAGCUGUGAAGAAUUGACAUUUGAAGAAAAUAAAUUAUUCUGGGACUGGAAUUGGCAAGAUUGUUUAAGCCAGUGCUUAUUUAUACUGAAUACUUAUUGUCCUGUGAAGUAGAAUGAAUUUAUCCACCUUAGUUUGUUAAUAUCUGAAAUGAAUAAAAAGGAGAACUUGUGAUUAAAGUGAUAGGCUGUCUUUCUGUGGAGAAGAUUUUGCUCGUCUCCACUGGACAGUGGCAGGCAGGGGAGGCAGAUUUUACCAACUUUGCCAUCACAACUGAACCAGUUCUCUACUCCUUUCCUUCAUUUCUGUCAUCUCCCAAACACUCCUGGGCCCAGUGCAGUGAAGAACGCUGGUUUUCACAGAGGCCCAGAUCCUGUGUAUCAGGAUGAAUAGCCUCCUCCCAGGAGCCUGCACUGAAAACCUGUUCACCUCACACAAAGACCAUGAGCAUGGUAUUUUUUUCAGGCAGAAUUUGCAAAAGCAGUGGAAUGAAAUCUCUCUGCAGUGGCCUCUCUCCAAAUUUCCAAAGAUGACUGCAUAGGGACCAACACUGCCUGACUUUACAGUAUCUAGAAGAAUGACCUGAAAAUUAAUUCAGGGUGAAAAUGUGGAGUUCCCGGCCGAGUGUGGAAAACACUGAGCUGUAUAUUUAUGGCAGAGACACAUGAUGACUUAGACGCAGUGGAAGGAAAUUGUUCAGAAACAGCAUUGAGUUUUAGAAGGAAAAGGUUCAUGCUUUCUGGUGCAGGGAAUCUUUGCCAUUUAAACUGAAUGCAUAAAAUUAGGGGGGGAAAGCCAAGUGGCUAAAGGCUGUGUUAUUUCUAGCAAGAACAUACUGAUCUAGGACACACAUUUCUCUGAAUGUGCUUUAUGAAGAGAUUUUGAAUCUUGUAUCCUUCACUUUGUAUGACUUGGGCUCUCUGACCUAGACUUCACUUUUCUUUUUAAACUGAAAAAGUUGGUUUUAUCUAUGUAAUUGCUGCUUUUACAUAAUAGCAGCAACUACUUCUUUUCCCCUCUCAGCCCAAAUUUUGUUGUGUUCCAUCUUACAGCUUUUACGGUUUUCUCCAAGAAAGGUGUAGAACAUUUUCAUUAGACAGCUGUUGAUGAGGCUUGUUUUGCUUUUGCUAAAUAUCAGAAUGCAGAGAAGCUGUGAUGUGGUAAAUCUGGUGUCUUGUUUGCUCCAGGCA